GUGCCAACGCUUCAAAACGCAUCCCGUCUCGCGGAAACGCCGUCAUGGCAAGCCCGAAUUAGAUACGCCAGCACCAUAGCAGUUUGUACAAGUCACAGAAAGUACAUGUGUCUACUGGGCCACGGUGGAUGGGAAAGGAGAGACGUUGGAGAGACGGCGCGGGAUGUUUUCCAGCUUUGUGGGGAUGCGUGUAGCAAGUCGUCUUCACUCGGGAGAUCGUCACGCAAUCCGUUAGGUCACACAUCGCGAACUAUGGGGGGGAAUAAGAAAGUUCGCCGCCGGUGAGCGCCCUUCCGGAUCGCCAACGAUGUGGCGCCUGCUUCGACGCCAUUGAACGGCAACGAACGGGACGCUCCGUUGGAUUGCGACAUGAGUCGUGCCAGGUGGGCCCACCUGACAAAACAUAUUCACCAGCUUCACCAAGGUAUGUACACACCAUUAGACCUUGUCUUGAGAUUUAUCAUAUAUACGACAAAUGUAGUGCUAUAUUUGCACCUACAUCACACCCAGCAGAGUAGUUAUACCUAUGUGGCUCAGCCGGCCGGUUGACACCUGGCCAUCCAAACUCGGCUCUUCUGCUCGAGACUGGACAUUGGCCGGCACACCAGUCCAACGCUUUGGACUCGAAUUCCAUGAUGCUGCCACUCACUGCCACUCUGAUGUUUUCAGGGAUGAGACAAUGACCUGAUCCUGAUCCUUUCCACGAGUGGAUGCUGCCCCUGAGAGCAACAACUUUGCGGAGGCUCAGCAGCACUCGGCUUCGGUCCGGCUCGACUCCCCCGGCCUGUGGGGGCCCGAAUUCUCCUCGGCCGUUGUGACGUCUGGUCCACAUGGCGGCCCGUGUAGGGCGGUCGAAUUUGACGACGUCCCUGAGCGAGACGUGGUGAAACAACAGUCUCUCGCGUACCGAACCCGAACAUUGAACACGCCAGCAACUGUCUCCUGAGCAGAAAGAUGUGUCUUUUUCUUCUCGCCAACCAGGAGAGCCAUGGUUCGUCAACAUCACAGAUAUCAUGCAACCACCUUCGGCGUUUACGGACCUAAAGAUCUUCGGCCUACUCUUUUCUUCUGUCUCUGCACGGCAUUUGCUCUGAGCAAGGGCAUAGUUUGAUCCCGAUGUCCAUAGUUGGCAAGCGCUGCGGGUCAUAACAGGGACCAUGCUCAAAUCAAAGAGUUCACCAGGCUCAAAACUUGAUCGUCAACACGCGGUACCGUCGCAGAAUGUUAUUGACAGCGCAUGACGAAGCCAGCCCUAAACCAGGCCUUGUUCUCACCGAGGCAUGGCAGGACGGCCUUGACCGAAUUGAAGCGUGUCAACUAUGAGGUGCAAACCAAUCCUUACUAGCAGCGUUUCGGGUGGCAGCCGUUUAUACAACAGGGGGCGCAUCUGCUCGACCCCGAUUAGUCUACACGGCCGCCAGCCAGCAUACGCGGACCGCUCAAGAUCUUGUUCGGAUGCAAGGUGUCUUUCCGUCAUCACGGCAGUGGCCGGGCACUUCGUACCUGCAUGAGAGAUGGCCAUCGACACUUGUUGGGGCUUUCACCCUCAGUAUGGACCCGCCCCCAUCCACAAAGACAGGACGAAACGAAGCCCACGUCAACUGUCGUCACUAUAGUCGGCUGCCCUAACGACACCCACGUCAAACAUCGCCUGCCAGCACGCCAACGCAAAGAUGGAUGAUAUGAUGAAGCCACAUCUCGCUGCGUGGGUUAUCCCGACAACCGAGGGUGCUUUGAAGGGGACCUACCUCUUUAACGACGGGAUGAUGUUGUGGCCCGUGCUUCCGUAUUGCCAAAAUUGGCGGAGCAAUGGAUCGCCGGCUCGACCAUUCUCCGUUCACGGCCAAGUGGGCUCCCGUUGGACCACCCUCGAUGAUAUCCUUGAAGACGGUAGGGUUUAGGACCCAUCUCGGACAAGGAGUAGACCCUGUUUGACCUAAUUUGUACCCGCUCUCCCCCGCCCAUCAAAGGCUUUCGCCCGAGGCCGGUUCCCAAAGAGGUAGUCGAUAACGUUGAAUCUCCAGCACCAAUGUCCCUUCACCAUGUCGGGCCCGUGCCAUACAUAUCCAAGGCCGGCAGCAUGUCGUUUCGAGUCUUUCCGGCCCCGUCCCUCGCCGUGCUCCCCCAGGUGUGCAUUCCGGGCAGGUAAUUUCAUCACCGCCGACGGAUUGGAUGUCGACUGCAACACCAGCGUUGUAGAGACCGUGGGGUGGAUCGUCAAAGGAACGCCAAGUACUCCAGAAAACAAACGGUUCUCCGUUCCAGACCUCCACACCUGGAGCCGCGGUGUUCAUCUGAUGAUUCGAUGAUUCGUCGCUUGUCAACGUCGGAUUUCCUGCGCUCCGCAAAUGACUAAUGACAUAUGAACCUCCAACCUGUUGUUCACAGCGAACGCGAGCUUUCACCAACAAGAUUGCCGGCUCUAUCCAUUGAACAAGGCCAUCAGCAACAAAGUGCAAGCCGGUCAUUGCCGAGAAGGCCGGGAGAUCGAUCGCCAACAACCCGGUUGUCGAUUGAACCUUGGCCGGUGUGGAGCAACCAGCUCCGAAUAUGAUUGCUCAACAGCGGACAGAACUCACGCCAAUGGCCGCAUUCCGAGUCCCUCCGCCAUGUGAUAGGUAUCUCUAGCAGCCGCCAACACAGCAGCAGGCCUCUGAUUAUCACAGCGAGUUGAUUGCCAAAGGAAGAUAGAGGGUCUGGCCCACGGCGGGGCGCUCACUGGCCACAUGCUGUGCUCUAACAGCAAGCGCAGACUUGUUAGGCGCAAGCGCUGACGGUGGAGAGCUCCCACCACAACCAGCGCGUGCCUCUCUCUCUCCCCGUUGCUGGGGAUGGACAGGCGCGGCGAUCCAAGUGUACUCCCCCGCUGACUGCUACUGGUCAAGAAGAACAGCAGCCUGCCCACGCAUUUUGUACGGCCCAGUACCAGAGUAUACAUGUGCUCUUGACGGAAUCUCUGGUGGAUCACGCCUCCACAUCCCCGUCCAGCCCAUUUUUUUAAAGCCUCAAAAUCACCCCUCGCUCGCGCAAGCUCGGCGAUUUUGGCGGGGUGCCGCAGCGUGUCCAGACCUCAGGGAGCUUGGCUUGGCAACGCUCCGUCCCUUUAGCCCAUGUCACCAAUGGCAAAAGUUUCGACGUUCGCCAAAGGCCAAAACAGAACGAUAUCUCUGAAGCGUGAGGUUGAGGACAGAAUGUACAGCCAUGGAAACAUAUCACUACGCAUGGGCCCGCUUCUGGCGCACUCUAAAAGCAUUCGAAUAAAAUUUCAAAAAUCACUUCUUGGGGUUAAACCCCCGGUGGCAUCCAUUCCUCGCGGCUGCACCCCCC